ACUAGCCGCCAGGCGAUGGCCGUCGCGCGACGUCGUCAGCUGUUUUUGAACGUUAGGGUGCCGAAUAAGUUGGGUUGGGUUAGAUCCCUUUGGUCGUGUUUUGCUGCAAAGUUUACGAGAAACAAACCGAAAUGUCGACUGAUUACACGAUAUACAGGUCGCCGCUCAGCAGCAGAUACGCCAGUCCCGAAAUGCUGUACAACUUUAGCGACCAGAAGAAGUUCUCGUCGUGGAGAAAGCUUUGGGUUAACCUGGCCAAAGCGGAAAAGGAAUUGGGAUUGGAUAUCGACGACCCUCAAAUACGUCAGAUGGAAUCUCACGUGGACGAUAUAAACUUCAAGGAAGCCGCCGAGGAAGAGAAACUGACGAGACACGACGUCAUGGCGCACGUGCAUGUCUUCGCCAAGCAGUGCCCUCUGGCGGCCCCUAUCAUUCAUCUGGGUGCGACUUCGUGCUUCGUGGGCGACAACACGGACCUCAUUAUUUUGAGAGACGGAUUGGAAAUUUUGUCGUGGCGCGUUGCCGCGGUCAUCGAUAAUUUGGCCAAGUUUGCUGAACGGUACAAGAGUUUGCCGGCCUUGGGUUUCACCCAUCUUCAGCCCGCUCAGCUGACGACCGUCGGCAAGAGAGCGACGCUGUGGCUAUACGAUUUUCUAUUGGACGAGAGAGCGAUACGUAGAGCGAGGCAGGAUAUCAGAUUUAGGGGAGCCAAAGGCACUACCGGAACUCAGGCGUCCUUCUUGCAGCUUUUCAACGGAGACGGUGCCAAAGUCAGGGUUUUGGAUAAGAGAGUUGCGGAGCUGUCAGGCUUUAGCAAGACUUACCCGGUGACGGGUCAGACUUAUUCGAGGAAAGUCGACUUGGAAAUAAUAUCCGUGCUGUCAUCGUUAGGGUCUUCCAUUCACAAAAUGUGCUCGGAUCUCAGGCUUCUGGCCAAUAUGAAAGAGAUCGAGGAGCCGUUCGAGAAGAGCCAAAUCGGCAGCUCGGCAAUGCCGUACAAAAGAAACCCAAUGAGGUCGGAGAGAUGUUGCGCUCUGGCGAGACACAUGAUCGCGUUAUUUUCCAACGCUGCCAACACGCACAGCGUCCAAUGGUUGGAGCGGACGCUGGAUGAUUCGGCAAACAGACGCAUAACCCUCGCCGAGGCAUUCUUGAGCGCGGAUGCCGCCCUGCUGACCCUCACCAACAUCACUCAAGGCUUGGUGGUCUACCCCAAAGUGAUCGAGAGACGCAUUCAGCAGGAGCUGCCGUUUAUGUCAACAGAGAAUAUUAUCAUGGCGAUGGUGAAGAAAGGUGGAGAUAGACAGGUGUGUCACGAGAAGAUCCGCGUCCUUUCUCAAGAGGCCGGGAAUAGGGUCAAGAUGGAGGGAAAAGAUAACGACUUCCUCGAGCGUGUGAAAGCGGAACCGUAUUUCGCUCCAAUCGUUGGCGAUCUGGAGUCGCUGUUGGAGCCCUCGACCUAUAUAGGCCGAGCUUCGGAUCAAGUCCGUGAGUUUUUGGAGGACGAAGUUGCGCCAGUGCUCGCUUUGUACAAGGAUAAGCUGGAGGUGAUCAACAAGCCGGUUACGUUGAAUAUUUGAUCUUUGUUAUAGAGUCUAAUAUAUUUUAAUGAGAAAUUUAAAAUUGUAUUAGUUUCCUUCUCUUGCAAUAGUGUGUUACCAUUGUCAAUGAUGCCAACAUUGGUGCAAAACGGACUCUCACAACCUCUAUUCGGGCUCACUGGGACACUAAUUUACUUUUUAUUAUUUAGACAGCGCUUCUUGAAAGGCGACAAAAAAGAAAAAUGAUCAAGUUUGUGCUAUGCGGAAACAGUUAUGUUACCAAACUACAUUUGUGAAGUUCAUCAAAGUUUGAAUUUUCUCUGUCUACUUAUGAGUUUUACACGUUACAGGCUUAUUUUGAUGAUUCAUUGAUUUAGUUAUAAGGGGUGUUUUUUUCGAUGUAUAGAAAUUUAA